AUGACAAAGAUGUUGCCAACAUUAUUAGAUAUGGAUCAUUGUGAUUUUGUGGAGGGAAUGCAAACAGUUGAUUACAUUAAUAGAACAAUGAUGAUCCACGGUGAAGCAGAGAAUUCCAGUGCUGCUGAGCAACAAACUGACAAGGGAAUGUUGCCUAUUGUUUUAUCUGAACUAGAGAUUCCCCUAGGAAAGGCAUUGUCUGCUGUACUAGAAGUGGAAAUGAAGACUGCUUUUGGUCAACUUUGGGAUGAGGUGAUACUUUGCAAACCUCCAUGGACAUUAUCAGAUUUGUUGGAGUGCUUCAUGAAACAUUGGAUUGCUGUCUUUGGAAUGAUUAUACCAAGAAACAUGCUGAGCUGUGUGGAACAAAUUUAUAAUACAUUUUGCAAAGGUAAGAUAAAUGAUGAUUCAGUUACCACGUUGCUGCUGAAAAUUGCUUCUCUGCUGUCUGCCUUCAGUACCAGGUCCAACUAUGGUGGAGCUUUAGAGGAAGCCCAUGCUGUGGUGAAUAAACUGCUUCAGGCAGUCUCUGAGAAGAGCUGCAGAAAAGAUGGGCAAUCAGACACACCAGUCAGUUCAGGACGUAUGACACCAAAAAGCACGGUCACUGAAACUCCACAAAAAUCGCUGGCAUCUCUAAGCACUUAUGGGGCAACAGACAGCCAGGUUUAUAAGGAUCCUAAGCACCAGGAAAUAUGGGCUUUGUUUGAGAAUGUGUGGUCUACACUUCAAAACUAUAGUACAGCUGUGUUUACGACCUUCAGUAAUGGACAGGCUACAGAUGUGACUGCCCAAACUAUGCAGCCACCUGAUGCAUUUAGUUGCCUGCAGAAAUUAAUGGAUGCUGUCAGAAUCCUUCAGUCAGGAAUUCAGAGCAUUCUGUCACCAAACUGCCCUUUGGAAAGCAUUGGAAGCCUGUACAAUUUUUUAAAUCAAGAGAUGAAUGUUGCAGAUCGGUUUACAGCCCAGGAACUAUAUGAAUGUUUGACAGUAGAGGAGUAUAGAAAGAAGUUAACUGUUGGAAGUGGACAGCUGGCGGAACUGCUGUAUAGUAUUGAGUGUUGCUACUUAUCUGUCCUUCCAGAAGCAAAACAGAGAUGCUGGGUGUGACUAUACAGAAGAAACAGUACCUCUAAUUUUUCAGGGAUUUUUCCUUCUCAGAAUUAAUAUUAAUUUCUGCUGAAGAUUUUUUUUUCUGUUGCAGAAUGGGUACCCUCUGUAUCAGAGGUGAUAUUUUAAGCCAUUCUUGGUUUUAUGCUAAACAUGAGAUGCAAGAAGGCGUGUUGUUUGGAAACAUUUUAUUGGUUUCAUGUUAUAACGUUUUGCAAUUUGCUGUUCUAAGUUUGUUAAAGUUUAUGUAUAUUAUUAUUGAAUUUUAAUGUACUUUUGAUAAGAAAGCCAACCUUUUAAAGAGGAGUGUGGUGUUCGCCUACACAUUAGGUAAACUAGUUAUGAGUAGCAACUCUGGUUACACAGAUUUGGGGGGGGCAACUUCAAGUCAUUUCUUCUUCUUUGAGGGGGUGGAGGGAUGGUUUCCUUUUGCCACCAGACCAUCUCUUGGCAGAUAACAGAGGCUUGUCCAGAGCACAGAGGAAGUACAACAACCUGACAUGCAUUUUCACUCACACUGCAUUGCAUUGCACUGCAUGUAUGUUUGCACUUCACUAACUUGCAGAGCAAACAUACUUCAUUAAGUGCUGUGUAUGCUUACAUAUGUACUUGACUGGAAAGUCAGAGACUCUAGAAAUGCAAAGUAUAUUAAUGUGUAUGUAUAACAGCAUCUAGACUGCUGCAGUAUCCUAGCAAUUGACAGAGGUGCAGUUAUGUACUUUCUCCCUAGAGCAAGAAAGGAGCCAUACCUAAGUGGGGAGUCAGUCAACAAAGUUAGCUUGAGGUUAGAGAAUAAAUGGCAAAAUUGAAGGAAAAAUAUUUUUCAAAUAUUUUCAUGGUGUUAUGUAAAUGUCAUACAAGAAAUUCAUGAUAAAAAGAACAUCGUCUUUUAACAAAUCAGAGGUGCAGCAGGCCUAAAUUUUGCUGAUGAAACGAGUGCUAAACGUUUAACCUCAUAUUGCAGAUGAGUGUGUGUAUAGGUCGGGAGCACAGUUCUAAAUGCCAUUUGCUUAUGCUUUAAAAUAACAGCACUCCCUAGUACUUAUUAGCAGUCUCUGGCCACAGCAGUGUUGUAGCCUGUAAUACUGUUCAUUAGCAAAACCUCAAAGAGCCCUAUGUAAGUCUGUGUCUUCCAUCAUCCCUAAUUGCAGUGGUAAAAUCAGAUUGAACCCUCUGAUCCUGCUUAUCUGUCUCCCUCUCACACUUUGAAUAUACCUCUUGUCUGUUUCAGUGAAGACAAGUGACAUUUGACAUUUGUUUACCGGGAUAGUCCAAAUGAGUCACAUAACCCAUUUUCAGUGGAGGCCCAUAGAAAAUAGAUGGGUAGCAUUGUGGUUCAUUAUUUAAGAUACAUGUCUGACAGCUCUAGUAUCCUGGUUAAGUGCUGAUCUCCAGUCACCAUUUUUGUGGAGUCUACAUGUUCUUCGCAUACCUGUGUGGUAUUCCUCUGAGUACUGCUGUUCUCUCACUGCUUAAAACUAGAAGGCUGAUUGGCUGCUGCGUGUGUGUGUGUGUGUGUGUGUGUGUGUGUGUG